GUGUUUGUCUGCCGGGCUGACGGGCGGCCGGGCGGUGCGCGGCGGCGGCGGCGGCGGCGGCGGGGAAGAUGGCGGCGUCCUCCCUGGAGCAGAAGCUGUCCCGCCUGGAAGCAAAGCUGAAGCAGGAGAACCGCGAGGCCCGUCGCAGGAUCGACCUCAACCUGGAUAUCAGCCCCCAGCGGCCCAGGCCCAUUAUUGUGAUCACUCUAAGCCCUGCUCCUGCCCCGUCCCAACGAGCAGCCCUGCAGCUCCCACUGGCCAACGAUGGCGGCAGCCGCUCACCAUCCUCUGAGAGCUCCCCGCAGCAGCCCACGCCCCCCGCCCGGCCCCGCCACAUGCUGGGGCUGCCGUCCACCUUGUUCACACCCCGAAGCAUGGAGAGUAUCGAGAUUGACCAGAAGCUGCAGGAGAUCAUGAAGCAGACAGGCUACCUGACUAUCGGGGGCCAGCGCUACCAGGCGGAAAUCAACGACCUGGAGAAUUUGGGGGAGAUGGGCAGCGGCACCUGCGGCCAGGUAUGGAAGAUGCGCUUCCGGAAGACAGGCCACAUCAUCGCUGUCAAGCAAAUGCGACGCUCGGGGAACAAGGAAGAGAACAAGCGGAUCCUCAUGGACCUGGAUGUGGUGCUCAAGAGCCAUGACUGCCCCUACAUCGUGCAGUGCUUUGGGACCUUCAUCACCAACACAGAUGUCUUCAUUGCCAUGGAGCUCAUGGGCACUUGCGCUGAGAAGCUGAAGAAGCGGAUGCAGGGUCCCAUCCCUGAGCGGAUCCUGGGCAAGAUGACAGUAGCGAUUGUGAAGGCGCUCUACUACCUGAAAGAGAAGCACGGUGUGAUCCACCGGGACGUCAAGCCCUCCAACAUCCUGUUGGACGAGCGGGGCCAGAUCAAGCUCUGCGAUUUCGGCAUCAGUGGCCGCCUUGUCGACUCCAAGGCCAAAACGCGGAGCGCUGGCUGUGCCGCCUACAUGGCACCUGAGCGCAUUGACCCCCCAGACCCCACCAAGCCAGACUAUGACAUCCGGGCUGAUGUGUGGAGCCUGGGCAUCUCCCUGGUGGAGCUGGCGACAGGACAGUUUCCCUAUAAGAACUGUAAGACGGACUUUGAGGUCCUCACCAAGGUCCUGCAGGAAGAGCCCCCGCUCCUGCCCAGCCACAUGGGCUUCUCGGGGGACUUUCAGUCCUUCGUCAAAGACUGCCUUACUAAAGAUCACAGGAAGAGACCAAAGUAUAAUAAGCUACUUGAACACAGCUUCAUCAAGCGCUAUGAGACGCUGGAGGUGGACGUGGCAUCCUGGUUCAAGGAUGUCAUGGCGAAGACUGAGUCACCGAGGACUAGUGGAGUCCUAAGCCAGCACCACCUGCCCUUCUUCAGGUAGCUGCAUGGCGGCGGCCAGCCCCACCGGGGGGGGCCGGGGACGUGGCCACAGGCCCCCCUCUUCCCUACCCGGCCACUCAGCUGCCCGCCAGGGGAGACCUGGGAACUGGACGGCCGCCGAGGGCUGAGGACAAAGUACGGGAUGCCAACCCAACCCCGCCUCCCUGCCCAGCAGCCAUGGACAGAUGGGCCCACCAGGUCCCAGCCCCUCCAGUCCUGGGGUCAGCCGACUGUACGAGUCCCCCUACAGACACUGUGAACGGAAGACAGCAGGCCGCGAGCAGACUCGCUAUUUAUUCAGUCGUAACCUCUGGGCUGGGGUGGCCACCAGGGGCCAGGAGAGAGUCACCUGUCUUGCAUCCUCCCACACUUGCCCCGUGCUGUCCCUUCCGCGGUACACGUGCUCCCUGUCUCCAUCUCUUUCUCUCACCUCCCUUGAUGCCUCUCUGAUUUCCCGUCUCCUUUCCUGCCUCUGCCUCUCUCCUGGCCCACGCCCCGGCUCUGCCACCCACAGCGGACCCCUUGGUCCACAUAGGUGUGUGGCAAGCAGCAAGCCCUCUGGCUGGCACCCUCGUCCCAGGAAGGCAGGCUGGGCAGUGUGACUGCAGCUGGCCCGGGCUGCGCUCCCGUGCUCGUGCGCGCGCACGUGCGGUCUCUCUCUCUCUCUCUCUCUCUCUCUCUCUCUCUCUCUCUCUCUCUCUCUCUCUUUAAUCUCAGGGGGUCCUUUUUGGAGUUUAUUGUAUUUUAUUGUACUUGGUGGGGUGUUUGGGGGAUGGGGGGAGGAAGAAGAGCUUGUUCUCAUGGGGUUUGUCGGUACCUUCAGAAACUUACCAAAGUCAUGUUUAGCUGCUUGUGGUGCAGCCCACGACCUACCCUGGGCACUAGAGGGCUGGGGCCUGGGCCGCUGCGCCUUGUCAGCCCAACCCAGAGAGACUAGUCCCCAAGGUGGGGGCUGGGGGCGGGGGCUCCUCCCUUGGGGCCGGAGACUGGCCACAGCUUGGGAUGAGUUGAGGACCUCAGGUAGUUGGGAGGGAGCCCACGGGGCCAUGGCCACACAGGGUGGCCUUCAGGGAAGGUGGGUGUGGAGCGAGGUGGGAGGCAGGAAAUGCGGGUGUGGCCAGGAGGAGGGAAUGAAGGACAGCACGGGGCGCAGGGCCCAGGGAGACUGGGAGGGAGGGUGCAGGGAACGGAUGGUGGGUGUUCGAGGACGUGUGGCAGGGACAGAGGUGGAGCAGGCCGAGGGCUGGGCGCGCGAAGGCAGCCGCUGCCCUCAGUGCCCCUCAACUCCCCCAGAGCUGGCCAGUCCCCUAGCCCGCCUUGAAGCUGGGCCGUGGGCCCCCUCCCCCCAGCCCUCUGCAGCAGUCCAAGCAGUAGGGGGUGGUUUCCUUUUUUGUUGGUGAUGCAUGCAAAUCAGUGGACAAAACACGCACACGCACACAAAACCAACCAACGCCAAAGGUGAGGAGCCUCCCUGGAUGCAGCUGGAGCAGCCUAGGCCCAGCCCAGGCGUCACUGUAACUUCUCUCUGCCCUGUUGACUCUUGUUACUCUCUUAACUUAGUCACAAAGGCCGCAUGUUUAAAAGUACUCCAUGUCUUCUCUCUGCCCCGCCCUGGGGGAGGGGGCAGGGACUGGCCCCCUCUCUUACCCGAGUCCCCUUUGUGAGGGGUUGGGGUAGGGUGAGGGGCCGCAAGGCCUGGCCUUGCCCUUGGGGGUCCCGGCCGCGGGGGCCUUAGCCGGUAACCAGAAGGUUGAGUGGCUGGUUCCAGGGCCAGCAACGGCUGGAGGCCGGCUGCCCAGGUUUAUUUUUAUUUAAGUUGUUUGUUUCGUGAGUGUGUGUCCACCUGCCCCUCCCCUUCAGUGUUAAGUGGGAGCCCUGGGGGAGCCUCUCCUCCCUCUGUCUCCAGUCACCAGCCAUCCUCCCGGACCAGGCAGAGGGCUGAGCAGGCAGGCAGGAGCUGGGGCACCGGGCCCAGCCCACGACCCCUUCUCAGGCCGCCAGUAUUGCCCCUUCCCUUUUUAAAAUGAAACACCCUUGUUUGUAAUUCCUUAGACGCUUGAGAAUAAA